GUCUAUUCUGUUUUUCUAGUUGAUACACUUGAAGAAGCAGAUCCACAAAUUGAUGAGAUUGCUAAUAGAGAGUAUGAGACGGUUCAUGAUCGAAUCCUGGCAGUCAACAUGGCUCAUUGGAACCGGAAAAGAACACUGAAACAACAGAAUAACGAUACAAAUUUAUUUGACAAUAUUGAAAAAGAUAAUGAAGCAUUUAAAGAUUAUCUGUACCAGGGAGAUAUUCAAAUGGAUGAAGAAUUAGAAAGAGAACUCCAUAUGCCUGUUAGGACAAGAACGAAAAGGAAUGCAGUUAGAAGAAAGAAAGUGCUUUGGACCUCGAGGGUGAUUCCUUACUACAUUCCUGGUUUUAUGUGGCACAUCAGGAAAAAUUUCAUGAUUGCUAUCCAAGAGUUUCAUUCCAAAACAUGUAUUCGUUUUGUUCCUUAUCAAAGUGGCGUACACAGGAACUACAUAACGUUUGGCAACGAUGAUGGAUGUUCAUCAAUGAUUGGAAAAAAGUAUCACAAACCGGGUAAACAGACCAUUUCCCUGGGAAGAGGCUGUAACCACCCGGGAACAAUAAUCCAUGAAAUUCUCCAUGCCCUUGGAUUUUUCCAUGAGCAAGCACGGUCAGACCGAGAUAAAUUCGUGAAGAUCAACUGGCAAAAUAUAUUAGCAGACAGAACCGACCAAUUUGACAAAUAUUCAUGGAAAGACAUUGACGAUUUGGGAGUUAACUACGACUAUAAAUCCAUCAUGCACUAUGGCCGCAAAGCCUUCACCAACAAUGGCCAACCUACAAUUGUUGCUAUUGACAACCAAGCACUUAAGUUUGGAAACGACAGGCUUAGCGUAGUCGAUGCCAUCGAGAUAAAUGCACUUUAUGACUGCAAAGUCAAACGAAAGGGCUGGGCAUCAUGGUCCGAAUACACACCAUGUGACGAUAAAUGCUACAAAUCCCGACAGCGAUUUUGCUAUAAUUCUGGGAAUCGCAAAUCAUGCGGAGGAAAUGUCAAUUACUAUGGAAUCGAGAAUCAAGAAAGGAAAUGCACAAAGAUGGAAUGUCUUGCUCGAAAUGCCAGGAACGGCAACUGGGGCCAUUGGUCUUCUUGGUCUGCGUGUAGUGUUAAAUGUGACGAUGGUGUUCAUAGGCGUACUCGGCAAUGYAAUAACCCUCGUCGAUCUAAAUAUGGCAAACCAUGUGCAGGUAGCUCUAAAGAGGAAAAAGUCUGCUCUGCAAGGAGAUGCCACCCAGGUCCCGACGACACAGAUUUUGAUGAUCCAUCAAAUCCCAUGGGAAUGUGGAGCAACAAACCUGGUUGGAAUCAAUUAAAAUGGGUCAGACAUCAAGGUUUUACUAAAACUAUGAACACAGGACCGAUGAGAGACCAUACAACAGGCAAAGGGUACUACUUGUACAUGGAGUCUUCCGGACGACGAAUAAACGAAAAAGCCAUAUUGGUUAGCRAAGUACUCAAACCAAAACAGGGCGGACAGUGUUUGAAGUUUUACUACACGAUGUUUGGGAAAACAAUGGGUUUUCUUAAAGUACAAGUCACUCAAAAUGGCGUACCCAAGAACACCCUGUUUUUCAGAAGGGGAGAUCAAGGCCGAGAUUGGAUUUUGGGGACAGCAAACCUAAAGAACAUACAAGGGGGCUUUAAGCUGGAGUUUAUUGCAAACGUUGGUGGAAGAGGCUACUCAGACAUAGCAAUUGAUGACGUAUACAUUGACGACGGCGAGUGCGAUUGUCAGGACAAGUACGUCUCUUGCCGCAAGUGGUCAGCAAACGRAGGUUGUCAARGAAGUAAAGUCUUUAUGACAAAGAAUUGCAAAAGAAGCUGCCAUGUUUGUGGAAACUUACCUGGCGAAACCCCUGUUGAAGUGAAGAAGUGCGAGGACUUAAAGAAGGUUCAAUGUCCAUUAUGGGCCAAAAAAGGAGAAUGCAGCAAAUCCAAGGAAUAUAUGAACAAAAAUUGUGCAAAAAGCUGCAAAAUAUGCGAAGCAAAAUGUGAAGACUCCGACAAGGUCCAAUGUCCGCUAUGGGCUAAGAAAGGAGAAUGCUAUAAAAACAAGAUAUACAUGCAUAAAAACUGCGCAAAAAGCUGUAAACUUUGCGAGUUACUCUGUGAUGACACCGAAAAAUUCAAAAAGGAAUGUGCAAAAUGGGCGGCAGCAGGCGAAUGCUUGAAGAAUGAGGAUUUCAUGGACACACACUGCCGUAGGAGUUGCAAUAAAUGCA